AGAUCAACAGAGCGCAGUAGGGAUGAAAAAAAAAAAAAAAAAAAAAAUACAAAGGGCAUUCGUCAUCUGCUCCAUUUUUUAAGGAAAAACUAUUUUAAGAGAAAAUAAGUAUCACCCACACGUGCGCAUAAAAGAUAACUCUCUUUUUUUUUAUAAUCGCAUAAACGAAUUGGCACAAACUAGUUGAGAAAAAAAAAUAAAUAAAAGAUGACCAACGUAGCUAGAGAGCUUUUGAAGAAGCAAUUUAUAGAACUGUCUCGCGACCACAACGCCGGGUUUUCCGUCGGGCUGGUUGACGACGCAAACUUCUUUGAGUGGAACGUCUGCUUUGAAGGGCCAAAAAAUACCCUAUAUGAAGGGGGUAUAUACAAUGCCACCCUUUCCUUUCCCACGGAUUUUCCAAACCACCCGCCCCAAAUGAAGUUCACCCAGGACAUGUGGCACCCAAAUGUUUUCCCGGAUGGAAGGGUCUGCAUAAGCAUAUUGCACCCCCCAGGCGUGGACAUCUACAACGAACAGGAGAAGUCGGAGGAACGGUGGAGGCCCAUCUGGUCCGUCGAAGGCAUUCUAGUCAGCGUCAUUUCGAUGCUCAACGAGCCCAACUUGGAAUCUCCCGCCAAUGUGGACGCGGCGGUUCAAAUAAAGAAUAACCUAAAUGAAUACAAAAAGAAGGUUCGGGCCCUCGCUCGGAUGUGCUAACCGGGGGCAGCAUAAACCAGUUGGCAAUUGUUCGGAGAAAGGCAUGUCAACCCGCUCCUCCACUGAAUCUUCGUUCGCUUUUCCACGUAGUGGCUGCAGUGAGUCGCCACCCACACGGGAUGACCCAAAUGUCAAACGGUGGAAGCAUUCGAAAGGACAAAAAAAAAAAAAGAUUUUUUUAUUUUUUUUUUUGCAAAUUUAUGCGUGUGUGUACAUACACAUUCGUGUAAACCUUUUUAAGAACAUACUCACUAUGAAUU